AUAUUUAUUGCGCGUUGAAGACUCAGUCACGCACAUGUAAAAAAAUGAAGUCCACGUUUUUCUUCUUUUCCAUCAUUUGGUUUGCAGCUGCAGAGUUAAAACCCCGGAAAGGCUCCGGGGUGGUAUGUACUUUUAAAGACAAGACAUACAGUCCAGGAGACAGCUGGCAUCCCUAUCUGGAGCCUUUCGGCUUCAUGUUCUGCAUGCGCUGCGUCUGCACAGAGACAGGCCAUGUGAAAUGUAACACAAUCAAGUGUCCCGCUCUGCCAUGUGAAAACCCAGUAGCUGAGCCUCAGCAGUGUUGUCCAAGAUGCACAGAUGAACCCAGGAUCCCUGCAGGGCUGAGAGCCUCGGUGAAAUCCUGCAGGUACAAUGGAAGUAUUUACCAGCCGGGGGAGACCUUCACUAAACACGACCUCUUCCCGUUCAAGCAGAGCAACCAGUGUGUUAUGUGCACAUGUUCUACUGGAAACAUCUUCUGCGCUCUGAAAACAUGCCAACCCAUCACCUGUUCCUCACCAGUUUCAGUUCCAGAUACCUGCUGUUUGGUGUGUAAAGAUCAUGGCACAAGCGGGUCCUCAUCAACCGAGGAUGGAAACCAGCAACUGAACAGAGGCGUUAGGCAUUCAGUUGACCAGUGUUCUGGCGAGCAGACCAGGGUGCGGUCCGACCGGGCCACUCCCCCCAGGGUCAAGGCUUCUCCCAGAGGCCUGAGCCUCAGUAAACUUAACCUCAAAGGGGCUUCGGAGACCACUGUGAAGAUUUUGUUGCAGAGGAAACACCAAAGAGCGUGUUUAUACAAUGGCAAGACAUACUCUCAUGGAGACAUGUGGCAUCCAGUUUUGGGGAAGGUCCUGGAAUGCAUCCUGUGCACUUGUACUGACGGCCUCCAGGACUGCAAACGCAUCACGUGCCCCAGCCAGUAUCCAUGCCAACACCCUAUGAAAUCAGCGGGGAAGUGCUGCAAGACUUGUCCAGAGAAUAAAGCUGAAAGUAACCAGACCCAGUGCUAUCUCGGAUAUAAAAAUAACCUCCUGGUGUAUAAGGUAGAUUCAUCAUUGAAAGUUGACUCGCCCAACCCAGUCAGGAUCAUUGCUGUUGAAAGACAAAGUACUGCGGAGGUUGAGGUGCAAAUGUGGAACACUGUAGAAGGUGCUUUACAACUAAUGGAAAUCGAUGAUGUUCAAAGAAAAGUCAUCGUGGAUCAUCCAGAGAAUUACACGUUGCUCACAACGCUCGAUGAAGAGACGUGGAAAAAAUUUAAAGACGAGGGAGAAAAUCUGAGUAAAGCGCCUCAGACCACGAUUUGUGAAGACGGCAUUCGGGAGAUGGUGACUUUCCUAAAUCCCAAGCAAACCGAAGGCCAGUGUUCACCGUGAUAGUCUUUAUAUCGGUAUUCUCGAUCACUACACCCAGACGUACGUACUUAAUGGACACGUGGUGCAUUUGGAGGUCGUUCUUGUGAGUGGAAUUUUUCAUUUACAAUGUUUUUUUUUUAAUCAGUUAAUUGAUACAUUAUUGUCCAUCAUGUUUUAAUCAUCACAUAUUAUUUUUUUGUAAAUUAUUAGGUUACAAAACACAGACCGUAGCUGCAUUGUUGAUAACUGUCUUGGUCAAAAACUUGCACUUGUAAUAAUUCAAACAUUAUUAGAUUCGAUGGAUUAAAUUGGAAGCACUUAACGAGAUACGAAUGUGGAGUGUAGCGCUCAGAGCGGCCUCAUCCUGUUAUAAACCUCAGGGUGGGGACUUUGUGACGUUUUCAUGUGCAUUUAUUAAGUAAUAGAUUACAUCAGUAUUUCUCAAACGAGUUUGCUUAACUAUAUGAGAGUAAUUUGUAUUUUUGAAUAAGUUGCGCAAGGGACCACAUUUUGUUAGAAUGUAAAAGGUUUUUUAAGGAUGUUAUGAUCAUCGACAUAUUUAUUGUAAAUACAAGCUGAGGUUUCGUCACCUUAUUUAAAGUGUAUUGGGUCUUGUAUGAUUUCUUUGUAUAUACCUUUGACUGUUUAAAUGCUUUUUUUUUUUCAUGAAGUAGCAGGAGGGGAGUAAAUACGCAGUAACUGUGUAUUGUUUAGUGAGGAAACAGCCCUAACAGUUCUUACUUGUCAAAUAUAGACCUUCUGUAGCUAUUUUUAAGCAGCUACAGGAUUUGGUUUGUUAUCAUAGUCUGCCAUUUUACAACUCUGCAUACCUGAAGUAAUUGUAUCUUACAGCGGGCACAGUCAUUGUAGCUGAAUGCACUCUGUACCUCUGCUCACACUUUUAAACUAUAAAGUUUUGUCUGGUUUCACACCGGUGAAAUGUU